UACUCUUUGGUGAUCUGUGACUGGAACUGGAAACUGGAAAUAUGAGAACUGUUUUCUUUAAUUCUUGUUGAAUUUUAGUUUUGUUGUGCUUUUCGUUCAAAAUAAACGACGACUUUUAAAACGAUACAAUGAUUAAAUUUUUAAAAAUUGUAAUAAGCGUUUCUCUUUUGUUAAGUUUUGUAACUGACGUAUUCUGUAUAAAAUGUUGGAGCUGCAGAUCGAGUAAUGAUCCGAAAUGUGCUGACCCAUUUGAUAACAGCACAGUUCCCAUAACUGAUUGUAACGAAGAGAAAGGACUGAGCAAUUUACCAGGCGUACGACCCUCCAUGUGCAGAAAGAUAAGGCAAAAAGUUAAUGGUGAAUGGCGUUACUUUAGGGGCUGUGCAUAUCUAGGCGAAGCCGGGAUUCAGGGCGAUGAAAGAUUUUGUUUGAUGAGAACAGGAACGUAUAACAUAUUCAUGGAAUACUGUACUUGUGACAGUAAAGAUGGAUGCAAUGCUUCAGGAAUUAUCGGUCCUAUGCCUUUCAUGAUAUUCAUUUCUGGCAUGGGCUUGUAUUUUAAAUUUUUUUAGGUUAGUCUUUUUCUUUAUUGCAUGACACUGUUGUUGUCUGUCCUUUUUAUUAUUAUUUUAAGAUUAUCUCAUUUCAAGUGGAUCUGAAAUUAAUAUCAAUCAUGUAUUUAGCAUAGAAUAAUGUACUUUUUAAAUUGUGAAACAAGUUAUCAUGUUUUUACACACAUAGGACACACAAACUCACAAAAUCUUAUUUAUAAUAUUACUAUUGUUGAUUUAUAAUAUUAAUUCACAAUCUUUUGUAAGAUUACUUUGAUCUGUUAACAAAAUAUUGUUUUAAUUAGAUUAGCAUGUAUUAUGUACUGAAUAUGAAGCCAUGGAUAUUGAGAUACCUCUGUAUUGAUAUUAAGAAUUAAGAAUGUUAUAUGGGCAACUAUUAUUAAUACUAGCAUUAUAGUAGUGCUGAAUAGAUUUAAGCUAAAAAUUAUUUAGAUACAAAUACAGUUUUCGUAUAUGUGGAAGACUGAAAAUUCCGUCCAGUUUUUUAUACUUACAUUUAAGGAGAAUAUAAAAAUUAGAUUAGUAUGCAUUAAGUAUAAGCACCACUGUAAAGAUUUAAGCUUCUAAAAUGCUUAUAUUUUUUGUAGAUGAAAAUGCAGUUUUUAUAUAGCCAUGACUGAAAAUUCCGCCCAAUUUUUAUACCUACAUUUAAGGAAAAUUAUAACAAUUUUUAAAA